CUGGAAGGAACAGUACUGUAGUGUGUAUGAAUUUAAUUCUGUGUGACCCCUUCAGAGGUUAUUUGGCUGGAACUCCCGUCAGUCCUGGCCAUCAUAACCAACGAUGAGGAAUCUGGGGAGCGGCAGAUUUUGGAGGAUGCUGACUAUCUCUGAUAUGAAGGAAUUGUUCUGGGCCUGAAGAACGUCGGGGCGAUUUCAUUCACACCUUAAGAAAAUAAAAUCUCAACUGAGCCGCAAUCAUGUCAGCUUAUACAAAAAGCUACAAUCCUUUUGAUGAAGAUGACGAUGAAGACCUCAAGCCUGUCAAGUGGAAUGAAAGCAGUGAGCCUUCUGGAGGAGGCAUGGACAGACAGAGCUAUCUUCAGCGGGAGGUCCUGAGACGCUCCCAAGCCACCGUGGAUAGCACUAACCGCUCCCUGUCCCUCAUUUACGAGUCUGAACAUGUUGGCGUAGCCACAGCAGAAGAACUUACCCGGCAGGGCGAGGUACUUCAGCGCACUGAACGCAUGGUAGAUAAGAUGGAUCAAGAUUUGAAAACAAGCCAGAGACACAUCAACAGCAUCAAGAGUGUGUUUGGUGGCUUUGUGAAUUACUUUAAAGCCAAGCCGCAGGAGAUCAAACCUGAGCAGAACGGGGCCUCUGAAUACCAAGGAAGCAACAAAUUAAAAGAAGCCCUCUCCCUUAGUAAAGAACAGGAGCCGAAAUACCUGGAAAGUCAUCCAAAUUUGCGGAAGCUGGAUAAUUCAGAGUAUAAUUCCAGUGGACCCAGUUCAGAUUCUUCACUCCAGCAUGACAGUUACCCCAAGAAUCAGCAUCUCCGAGCUUACCAUCAAAAAGUUGACCAGAACUUAGAUGAAAUGUCUUCCGGGCUCGGUCGCCUGAAGAACCUGGCCCUUGGCUUGCAGUCUGAAAUCGAGACGCAAGAUGAAAUCCUGGGUCGCCUCACCACCAAAGUCGACACGCUGGACAUCAAUAUUAAAGACACGGACAAAAAGGUCAAGGCGCUUUGAAGAGUUUCAAGUCUUUCUCCCUUCCAUGCAGGAAUUUGAUGCAUUUUAUACGCUGGACAUUGUCUUAUUGUCUGGGAAAUUCCCAGCAUAAGGAAGUGGCCUAUUUGACUGUCUUGCCUCUCAUCAUUAAAACAAAAGCCUUAAGUGCAA